AUGUCAUGCCCCUCCUUCCACCCAGGUUCCAGAUGCGGCAGUCGGAGCUUUAGCUCGUGCUCAGCCGUCAUUCCCCGGAUGGUGGCCCACUACUCAGUGAACAAGGGGCCGUGCCGGCCUGAGGGCAGUGGGGGCCUCCGAGCCCUGGGCUGCCUCAGCUCACAGAGCCUGUGCAACGUGGGCUUUGGGAGGCCCCGGAUUGCCUCCAGGUGUGGCCUGCCUGGUUUUGGGUACCGAGUGGGGGCCCCCUGUGGGUCUUUGCCCUGCAUCACCCCCGUCACCAUCAAUGAGAACCUGCUGGUCCCCCUCCAGCUGGAGAUCGAUCCGACCGUGCAGAGGGUGAAGAGCGACGAGAAGGAGCAGAUCAAGAGCCUCAAUAACCGCUUUGCAUCCUUCAUCAAUAAGGUGAGGCUCCUGGAGCAGCAGAACAAGCUGCUGGAGACCAAGUGGAACUUCAUGCAGCAGCAGAGGUGCUGCCAGAGCAACAUCGAGCCCAUCUUCGAGACCUACAUCUGCGCCCUGCACAGGCAGCUGGAUUGCGUGACCGGGGACCGAGCAAGGCUGGAGUCAGAGCUCUGCAGCCUCCAGGACGUGCUGGAGGGCUACAAGAAAAAAUAUGAAGAGGAGCUCUCCCUGCGUCCUCAUGCUGAGGAUGAGUUUGUUACCUUGAAGAAGGAUGUGGACACAGCCUUCCUGAUGAAGGCUGACCUGGAGACGAACGUGGAGGCUCUGGAGCAGGAGAUCGACUUCCUGAAAAGCCUGUAUGAGGAGGAGAUCUGCCUGCUCCAGUGUCAAAUCUCAGAGACGUCAGUCAUCGUGAAGAUGGACAACAGCCGGGAGCUGGAUGCGGAAAGCAUUGUUGCCGAGAUCAAGGCUCAGUAUGACGAUAUCGCCAGCCUCAGCAAAGCCGAAGCAGAGGCCUGGUACCAGCGCCGGUAUGAGGAGCUGAGGCUGACAGCCGGGAAUCACUGUGACAACCUCCACAACCACAAGAACGAAAUCCUGGAAUUGAACAAGCUGAUUCAGCGGCUGCAGCAAGAAAUUGAGAAUGUCAAAGCCCAGAGCUGCAAACUGAAGGGUGCCAUAGCCGAUGCGGAGCAGCAGGGCGAGGCAGCCCUCAGCGAUGCCCGCUGCAAGCUGGCAGAGCUGGAGGCCGCCCUGCAGAAGGCCAAGCAGGACAUGGCCUGCCUGCUCAAGGAGUACCAGGAGGUGAUGAACUCCAAGCUGGGGCUGGACAUCGAGAUCGCCACCUACAGGCGCCUGCUGGAGGGCGAGGAGAGCCGGUGAGUUCUG